UCACUAGAUCCAUCGUCCUCUCUCUCUCUCUCUCUCUCUCGCCAAUGGCAGGAACUCCGUACCCAAACCCCAUCACUCCCGCCCACACCCGCGUGGGGUGGAUCGGCAUCGGCGUAAUGGGAGCCGCCAUGGCCUCCCGCCUUCUCUCCGCCGGCUACUCCCUCACCGUCUACGCCCGCAACCCUUCCAAAUCCCACUCCCUCCAAUCCCAAGGAGCCAAACUCUCCAAUUCCCCGCUUGAACUCGCCCGAUCAUGCGACGUUACUUUCACCAUGUUGGGAAACCCACCAGAUGUUCGAAAAAUUGUCCUAGAGAACGAAGGCGUUCUUUCGGGUCUCAAUCCGAACUGCGCUACCGUCGACAUGACCAGCAGUCAUCCUGCGCUAGCCCGAGAGAUAUUCACGGCGGCGCGCGGGAAGAACUGCUGGGCAGUCGACGCGCCCGUGUCUGGGGGCGACAUCGGAGCUAGAGAAGGGAAGUUGGCGAUACUGGCGGGUGGUGAUCGCGGCGUUGUUGAGUGGCUGUCGCCGUUGUUUGAGAUCAUGGGCAAGGUUACUUAUUUUGGCGGAGCGGGUUGCGGGCAGAGCUGCAAGAUAGCGAAUCAAAUCACCGUGGGGGCGAACUUGAUCGGGUUGAGCGAAGGAUUGGUGUUCGCGGAGCGGGCCGGGCUAAAUAAGCGGCAGUUUUUGGAGGCGGUGAGAGGUGGGGCUGCAGGGUCUAUGGUAAUGGAGUUGUUUGGUGAGAGGAUGAUUGAUGGAGACUUUAGGCCUGGUGGGUUUGCUGAGUAUAUGGUGAAGGAUCUUGGAAUGGGAGUGGAUUUGAUUGAGGAAGGCGAUGAUGCGAAAGUGGCAGUUUUGCCCGGGGCUGCAUUAUGCAAGCAGUUGUUUUCUGGGAUGGUUGCUAAUGGAGAUGGGAAGUUUGGGACUCAAGGUCUUAUCACAAUAAUUGAGAGAAUUAAUGGGAAAUGAGACUUCUUUACAUGUAUGUUAAGAGGCUUGGAGCUAUAACUGAAGUGUGCUACGUUGGUUUUGUUUGUCAAAGUUGGCUCAGUUUGCUUUGCCCUUUAAUGUAAACAAAAUGUUUGCUAUUGUAUGGAGGAUCCAUUGGAAAUAGGGCUUCUUUACGGUUAGUGGUUUGGGGUCCGAUUUCCCAACAGAGAGGUCAGGGAAGGGAAGAUGUGAAAAGGGAUUGAGCCCUUGUAAGCUUCAGUGAUCGAUAAUUGGUAGCGAUUCAACUAGAACUGAGGUGUGCUAUUAUUUCUUAAAUAAAGUUUGCUUGGUUUGCCCCGCCUUGUGUGAAGAAAUGUAUGGUGUUUGUGAAUUUAUGAUCUAAUGGUAGCUGUGUAAGUUCAAAGGAAAUAGACGUUUAGUUGAUUCCUCAAAGUUGAAAUGGAAAUUGGGUACUUUUUUUUUUUCACGUGAAUGAACUCACUAAAACGUUUCAGAGCAAGCAAGCCUUUUCCAAUAACUUUG